AUAUUUCUUGUUUAUAUUGAGUACAAAACAAAGAUGGAUUCUUCGAGAGAACAAAUGUUCACCUCGGUUGAAAAGACGACACAUGGAACUAACAAACAACGCGUUCUUAUCCUGGCACUUGUGGUUGGCGUCGGAACGUUUGCAAUCGGCAUUUUGAUUGGUCGUUUUGCUACAUGUCCAAAAUCAGAGCCAGAAGUGAGUAAGCAAUCAAGUUUGCCGAACGUCAUAGAUUUGUUAGGGCGAGACGAAGAUGCAUCAAUAAUCAGCGAAGUAAUUGAUGAAAUAAGCUCGGAAAACAUUCGAGAUCAUGUAAGAACACUAGCAAAAUACCCUCACAUUGCGGGGAUGGAAACAAGCCACGAACUAGCCCGGAUGUUAAAAGGAUUCUGGGAAAACGCGGGUCUAGAUCACGUGACCUUGACGCCAUACAACGUGCUUUUGUCGUACCCAAAUAUGUCGGAUUUAAACUUCGUGGCAUUGCUGGACGAAAACAACAACACAGUGUACAAGUCUAAUUUGACAGAGGCAAUAUUAACAGCGGAGGAGAACACAACCAACGUGGUGCCGCCUUUCAAUGCAUUCUCUUAUCCCGGCGAUAUAAAGGGUGAUAUUGUGUACGUGAAUUACGGCAGGGAAGAAGACUUUGAAUACAUAGAAAAGAACGCCAGCAUCAGCGUAGCAGGCAAGAUUGUAAUGGCGCGCUAUGGGAAAAUAUUCCGCGGAGACAAGGUUCGUUUGUCGGAAAUGAGAGGAGCAAUCGGAGUAAUUCUCUUUUCGGACCCAGCCGACUACACCAACGGCGAUAUCAACCAAGUAUAUCCAAAUGACUGGUGGCUUCCGCCGUCUGGUGCCCAACGCGGCACAGUUUAUAUUGGAGUAGGGGACCCACUCACAGCAGACUAUCCGGCAAUAGGCACUGCGAACCGGAAGUUGGAUCCUUCCAACUACCUUCCUAGCAUUCCCGUUCAUCCCAUCGGAUACGGUAUUGCAAUACACUUGAUGAGGUCGCUGAGCGGACCGGAAGUUAAUGUCACGUGGAGGGGACUCAUGAACACGACGUAUCGCUUUGGGGGCGGCUUCAAAACCACAGGAUGGAAAGCCCGUAUCCACGUAUCCACUAGCAAUGGACGUGUGGACGUCUUCAACGCGAUUGGAAUCAUGCGAGGAGAGAUUGAACCGGAUCGGUAUGUUCUCGUCGGUAACCAUAGAGACGCGUGGGUGUUCGGCGCAGUGGAUCCCGGAAGUGGCACGGCGGUCAUGAUGGAGAUGUCACGCGUACUGGGAAACCUUGUGAAGUCAGGCAGGUGGCGUCCGAGGAGGUCCAUCCUGUUCUGUAGCUGGGGAGCAGAGGAAUAUGGGCUCGUGGGGUCAACGGAAUGGGUUGAGCACUACACAAAAACACUAGGUGCCAGAGCUAUUGCUUACCUGAAUUUGGACGUUGUCGUGCAAGGUAACUUCUCUCUACUGGCACGAGGUACGCCUAUGAUCCACAACUCCUUGUUCGCCGCAACCAAGAUGGUCCCCAACCCCAACAGCGCGGAAUUUGCGGCGGGCCGGAAGUCCGUGUAUGACACGUGGUUAAUGGCGUCUCCCGGGAAACGAGGAAUUCCGAGGACAUAUGUGUCGAUAAUGGACAAGGGAUUUAAGCUCCACAAAGCAAUCGGACAGAUCUUAGUCCACAUGACGCGCCAUCUUGCGGACAGUUUGAUCAUACCGUUUGACGUCACAAACUACAGCGCAGUGUUACAGGAACUAGUUUCGGAGUUUCUUGGACGUUUUAACGGAUCACUUUCUACUCAACACAUGCGUGGUGAACUUCUUCGGGAAGCGGCGGAUAACUUUACAAAGACUGCAACGUCGUUCUCCGAGUCUAUCCAACAAGCAAAUCUUACUAACCCGUACGUCGUGCGGCGUAUCAACGACCAGCUGAUGCAGCUGGACCGGGCGUUCCUGGACUCAGCAGGUCUCCCGGGCAGGCGUCUCAAGCGUCAUAUCCUGUUGGCUGAGAGCAUUGUGGACAAUUACGCCGGAAGUAGCUUCCCCGGCCUCUCCGACGCCCUUGUGCAGAUACAGAAGGGACACAACGUGACGGAACAGUGGGAGAUCGUACGUCAACACUACUCCGUCAUCCUCUUUACGAUCCAGUCAGCAGCGUCAACGCUGAAAGACGUCACCGACUUCAUGGUCGACUACUAUUAAGUGAAGCAUGUUUUCAUGCUUAUAACCGAAUAUAUUGAUAAGAAUAUCCUGAAAGAAAUCCCGGUGAAUGUUACAGAACAGAACAGAACAGACAGUUUAUUAAGACUUAUACAAAUGUACAUCGUCUAAAUACAUGAAAUAUAAUACAAAAUAUUGUCAUGUGUCUUUAUAUAACAACUUAUAGGUUAUAACAAAAUGUAAUCUUACAAUUUGAAACAAAGUAUAAUUAACAAAGUAAUACGAAUUUAUAUUACAUAGUUUAAUAUCAUUUCACAGGCAGUAAGGAAAAACUAGUUUUCGUUGACAAAAUUAUUUGUGAUAGAAUAUCUAACGGUAAGAGCUUCCUUCAUAUAUUUACACAAAUUAAUAAUUUCAAUUUUACAAGUUGAGUUCAAUAAAGAAUGUAACUUAAAAACUGAUGGAUUCACAUAGUAAACAGGUUUUAUAUAGUUUUGCCUUAUUUGACGGAAACAUGGACAUGUACAUAUAAAGCAGAUAGUGAAUAAUGAACAGGAAGUAGUAUGCCUGUUUGAUUUUGGUUACAACCAAAGUAUAAUUAUAUUUGUUAUAUUUUCGAAAGUGAUACCCACGAGUAAACAUUUUCACUUAAUUUUAAUUUGAUUUAUUUUUUUAAAGAGUAUUGUCUAGAUACCACUUCAAUGAAAUCGAUUUUAUUUUAACAAUAAAGAUUGCAACCUUUCAA